CUGGUCAUAUUUGGGGGGUUUUUCCUCUCUCCUUCAGGGGGCGCCAGUGGCAUCGGCCGUGCCGUCUGUGCCCGCCUGGCGCGCGAAGGGGCCACGGUGGCCAUUGCGGACUGCGACGAAGCCGGGGCAGCCCAGACACUGAAGGGACUCCAGCCGGGAGACCACCAGGUCCUGCACGUAGACGUGGGCUGCGCCAGGAGCGUGGCCGGACUCGUGGCCGACAUCCAGACCAGCUUCUCCCGCCCAGCCAGUGUCUGUGUCAACUGUGCGGGGAUCACCAUGGACGAGUUCCU